CGGAGUUUGUGUGGCUGGGACCCGGCUCCCUGCACUCGGAGUCCGCGCGAGGAGCCGGGCCCCGGCCGCUGUCCAGCCGCUCCGCGCCCCUCGCGCCCUGUGCUGCCGCCUCUCUGGGAGACGCUGCCAGUCGCUCGCCAUGGAUACUCCUAGAGUCCUGCUGUCGGCCGUCUUCCUCAUCAGUUUCCUGUGGGAUUUGCCCGGUUUCCAGCAGGCUUCCAUCUCAUCCUCCUCGUCAUCCGCGGAGCUGGGCUCCUCCAAGGGAACGAGAAGCCGCAAGGAAGGGAAGAUGCCGCGGGCGCCACGAGACAGUACCACGGUCCGGGCGCCCCUGGAGCGCCAAGAGCCACUACCGCGGCCACAGGAUGAAUCCCGGCGGCGGCUACCGCAGGAGCCCCAAGCGCAGGAGCCUCCUGGCAGGGGCCCGCGCGUGGUGCCCCACGAGUACAUGCUGUCAAUCUACAGGACUUACUCCAUCGCCGAGAAGCUGGGCAUUAACGCCAGCUUUUUCCAGUCUUCCAAGUCGGCUAAUACGAUCACUAGCUUUGUAGACAGGGGACUAGACGAUCUCUCGCACACUCCUCUCCGGAGACAGAAGUAUUUGUUUGAUGUGUCCACCCUCUCAGACAAAGAAGAGCUGGUGGGCGCGGAGCUGCGGCUCUUUCGCCAGGCGUCCGCAGCGCCCUGGGGGCCACCGGCAGGGCCGCUCCACGUGCAGCUCUUCCCCUGCUUGUCGCCCCUGCUGCUGGACGCGCGGACCCUGGACCCGCAGGGGGCGCCCCGGGCCGGCUGGGAAGUCUUCGACGUGUGGCAGGGCCUGCGCCAGCAGCCCUGGAGGCAGCUGUGCUUGGAGCUGCGGGCCGAGUGGGGCGAGCCGGGAGCCGGGGAGGCCGAGGCACGAGCGCCGGCGCCCCAGCAGCCGCAGCCCCCGGACCUGCGGAGUCUGGGCUUCGGCCGGAGGGUGCGGCCCCCCCAGGAGCGCGCCCUGCUCGUGGUGUUCACCAGAUCCCAGCGCAAGAACCUGUUCGCCGAGAUGCGCGAACAGCUGGGCUCGGCCGAGGUCGCGGGCCCAGGUGCCGCUGGCGCCGAGGGGUCUUGGCCGCCGCCGUCGGGCGCCCCGGACGCCGGGCCUUGGCUGCCCUCGCCCGGUCGCCGGCGGCGGCGCACGACCUUCGCCAGCCGCCACGGUAAGCGGCACGGCAAGAAGUCGAGGCUGCGCUGCAGCAAGAAGGCCCUGCACGUGAACUUCAAGGAGCUGGGCUGGGACGACUGGAUUAUCGCGCCCCUGGAGUACGAGGCCUACCACUGCGAAGGCGUGUGCGACUUCCCGCUGCGCUCGCACCUGGAGCCCACCAACCACGCCAUCAUCCAGACGUUGAUGAACUCCAUGGAUCCUGGCUCCACCCCGCCCAGCUGCUGUGUGCCCACCAAACUGACUCCCAUCAGCAUCCUGUACAUCGACGCGGGCAAUAACGUAGUCUACAAGCAGUACGAGGACAUGGUGGUGGAGUCCUGCGGCUGCAGGUAGCGGCGCCUUCCC